GGCAACCAAAAUUUUCAACUCUAUCCGUACUGGACAAAUGAAAAAUGUACAAAAAUUCGCCUACUUUAUGGUUUUGGAUUUCGAAGCAACUUGUGAAGAAGAUAGAAAAAUUUCAGUUGCUGAAAUUAUCGAAUUCCCCGUUCUCAUGAUAAAUGCUUCUACAUUGCAAACCGAGGCUAUUUUCCAUCGCUAUGUUCGUCCUACUGUUAAUCCAACAUUAAGCGAUUUUUGUACGGAACUUACUGGUAUAAUACAAUCCAUGGUAGACGAUCAACCGGAUUUACCGACUGUACUCAAAAUGUUUGAUUCAUUUUUAGAUAGGAAUAAUUUAAAGAUAAUUCCGUAUCAGUUUGCUUUUGUGACGUGUGGUGACUGCGAUUUAAAAACAAUGUUACCAAGGCAAUGCAAAGUUCUAGGUAUAGAUGUUCCUGACUACUUCAAACAAUGGAUAAAUUUGAAACAGGUAUAUUGCAAUGUGAUGGGGCAAUUUCCAUUCGGUAUGAUGUCCAUGCUGUCGGGACUAAAUAUAAAACCCACUGGUCGUCAUCAUAGUGGUAUUGAUGAUUGUCAUAAUAUCGCAAAUAUUUUAUGUCAAUUAAUCCGAUGUGGUGCUACUCUAGAUAUUACUGGAAACAUAAAAUAGUAUAUCUUGUUUCAAUAUAUGUUGAUUGAUAAUCACUUCAUUUUUUCCUGUCAGAAAAUGUAUAUAUUCCGUCUUGAAUGAAAUGUUCCAUAUUAAACCUGCGGUAAAAAUAACAUACAAUAAUCAAUCCAAAGUUUUGAGUGAAAUGAAUAACAAAAUUUGAUUUGGUGCCAAAAGAUAAGCUUAUUAUGCAAAUGUAAAUAUCAAAAAUAAUAAAUUUAUAUUUAAG